GUUGUACUUGAAAACAAAAGUUACUCACUCUACCUGCUAAAGAAUUGGUAAUUCAUCAUUGUGAUUGUGCGUUCCCUAUUAUAAUAUUAGUAAACAUAACAAAUGUCUUUUCAUAUGAAGAAAAUACUAACUCAUUGUUAAAGAAAACUAUAUGAAGAGCGAUUAGAGUAGUAACAAAAUUGCAGAAAAAUGGAUGUCGCAAGAAGCAAUGAAACUCAAUUUUCAUAUAAAAUGCAUUUUCACAAAACAACGCAGGAUCUUCCCAAUAAUUACAUUGUUUAUAAUGUACAUAAAAAUUUUGGAUCAGUUGAUGCCAGUGAAUUAAGUGUGGAGAAUAUUAUUAACACUGUGUUUUUUAAUUGUGAGGAUAAGAAAUAUGCACAAAUAUGUGCUCAAACUUAUAUUUGCCAUCGAAUUAUCGGUAAAGCAACAGACUUGAAACUAAUACCUCUGUUUUAUCGAGAUCAUUACAGACGUUCUGAAAGUUUGUAUGAAGAGCCGACAUAUAUACUUAUCAAAAAUAAAAUAGCUGGUAUAGCAAAGAAUAUUUUAGCUCAUCGUCAGCCUGUAGUACUCUUGAAGAGAUGUUCCAUACCUAAAAGAAAAAGAAAAACAUCAAAGCAAAAAAAACAAAAGAAAGGUAAAAAUUAUGCUUUUGAUGAAUCCCUUAGAUCUAUUGUUGGUAAAUUUCCUUCUCUUAUUAUCCCAAAAUUGUCACCUAAAGAAAUAGAAUAUCAUAUGAAAGAUAAAUAUAGAAUUUUUGACUUGCAGAAAAACUCAUUAACUAUGACAAAAAAUAAAACAUUGACAAAAACUAAGCGUGUAAAGAAAAAUAAAGAAAAUUUUCGACCAAAUACAGAGACUAGAAGAUCUAGUAGAUUAAGCUCAAAAGAGGAGAAAUUGGGAUUAAAUGGUCAGAAAUAUUUUCAUGCUAAUUUCUCCCUUGUAUCUGAAAAAAAUAUACUAGAGGAUUGCCAACAGAUGGAAAAUCAAUUUCAAAAAGAUAAGAGUGUAUCUAUUACUAAUGAAACAUAUUUGCAAGAAGAUUGUCAACAUACCGAAACUUAUUUUGGAGAUAACCAGCUUAGUGAAGGUAAGACUCAUGCUAAUGAUAUGACUUCUGAAACACUUUACCCAUUGGAUGAUCGCACUUUUUUUGUAGAUAACCAGCUUUGCGAAGGGGAAACUCAUGCUAAUGGUAUGACUGCUGAAACACAUUACGCAUUAAAUGAUCACAAUUAUUUUGUAGAUAACAAGUUUGCCGAAGGUGAGACGCAUGCUAAUGGUAUGACAGCUGAAACACAUUACCCAUUAAAUGAUAACCUUUAUAAUUUUCAAGAGGAUAAUGGAGGUUUGUCUGUCGCUGACACUAGUUUUAAUGAGGAUGAGGAGGUUCGUCUUCAAAUUCCUGAAGCAGAAGAAAGUUCUUCGAAUGAAGCAGUUCAUUAUGAAACAGAUGAUAGAUUAGAUGAUGGAAACUCAAGUGUUACUAAUGAGCGAAAUUUUCAAGAGGAUAAUGAAUGUUUGUCUGUUGCUGAAACUAGUUUUAAUCAAGAUAAUAAGGUGCGUCUUCAAAUUCCUGAAACAGAAGAAAGUUCUUCUGAUGAAACAGUUCAUUAUGAAUCAGAUGAUAGAUUUGAUGAUGGAAACUCUAGUGUUAAUGAUGAGCAAAAUUUUCAAGAGAAUAACAUGCCAUGUGAAUUUAGUGAUGCAUAUAGGCAGCCGGAAUCUAUGGUCAUUUCAGAGCCAAAAAGAUAUUAUGAAAUACCUAUGUCUGUGCAGUUAAGAGGAAAUUACACUUUUGAGUAUGUUCUCAAAACUCAAAUGGGUGUUGAUCAGGAUACAUGCGAAUAUCUAAACGAUGAAAUUGGUUUAGAUAAAAAUGUGAUAGCUUCUUUACGUGAUUUAUAUAAAAGUGUGCAUGAUGGAAAAAAUAACUAUAUCUUUUGUGAACUUAGCUAUUAAAACUUGUUUCAAACCAAAACCAUUUUUAAAAAAAAAUUAUAUUGUAAAUUUCAAAGAUUUUUGUUAUUUAAAUUAGCUGGUGGAGUUUUUCAAAAAGUGUCAUUUUUGUGUUACAGCAUAUAAUGAGUGACAAUAUAAUUAAAAAAUAGAAUUUUAGUUAAGCAAACUGUUUUUAGAUUCUCUAAAAUAAUGAGAAUUUAAGUAUUUUAAAUACAAUUAAAAGAUGAAUAAAAUUUUAAUAUAAACAUGAUUUUUUUUCGUAAUGCAACAUUGAAGUUUGCAACCCAAAAUUUAAGAUGGUUUAUUCAGGGUGCCUGGUGUUUUUAAAGGUGCUUAUUUUUGAUUUAUGUUUUUCAAAAGCCCUUAAAGUUACUCUUUUUAUUCAAGGUUUGUAACAAUUGCUUAAUUUUCUAUCUUUUUAAAAAGAGAAUUUUUCCUUGCCAUAUUGAUUGUUGUUUUAAAUUGCAAAAAAAGGUAUGAUUUUCAUUUCUACUUAUUUCAUCUCUAAAGUUUUCGAGAAUCUUAUUGAACUUUAUGUUUAUAAAUUAAGGUCUUUAAAAGAUGGAAAUUUUUUUUUAUUACUGCACAGAUCCUAACUAUAUAUAUAUUUUUUUGGAAAUUGGUUAAAAACAUUUUUUGAGUGCUUAAAAGGUGCUUAAUUUUUGUUAAAAAAUCUAGCUUUGCACCCUAUUAUUUUCCCUUGUGUUUUUUUUUGUUUAAAUAGUGCAUAACAUAUUCUAAACAAUAUAAUCCGCAAUUCUUAAAAAUAGUUCUAUCAAAAUUUUUCUAUGCGAGUUUGAAGCUUGGCUGGUUUAAACCAAAUUUUUUGUUCUUUUUUUUAAAAGUUUCUAUUAUUGAUAUUUUUAGUUGGAUUAUAAACUAAUUGAAAAUCUAUUAAAUGUUAUAUAAAAAUUGUUUGAAUAUUGAGUAUAAAUGCGUAGAACUCAUCCCAUUUUAUACUGGCUUUGCUCCUGCACAUUUCAAACAGCAUUUUUCUUUGUCUACAUUAUCUUACUUUCAUGUUCAAUUUAUGUUUUCUAAUAAUUAUUGUGAUUAGGCUAGCUACUUUAAUGUAAUCAUGUAGAACUUGCUAUUAAUUAGGCUGCCAAAUCAUUGAAUUACAAUAAAUUAGCUAUUUCUGAGUCUAUUUGGUUCCAAUUUUAAACAAUACGAGGCAUAAAGCUAACAUAAAGCACUACAAUUUAGUUCAAAAAUAUGUACCUCUUUAAAUGUCAUACCCACCAAGUCUUCUGUUUUUUAACAAAGAUUUCUGUAUUUUACGACUAUCUCCUGUUGAUCCGUAUAUUCUCAAAUUUCCCCAUAUUUGUUAAAGAAAUUUGUGAUAGAAUAUCCACCGAUGGCAAAAAUACUUCCCUUAUAGACAACAGAUAGUGCUAUCGCCAGUACUGCAGUAUGUUGAUGGUUAAGUCGAUUGCUUAGGGAGGGAAUGGAGCGUUUGCCUUCCAAUGAGGUGAACUGGGUUUGAAUCCCAGCAAUGACUGGUCGAUAUGAAUUCCGAAUCCAGCUUUCACCGACCACAGUGCUGACGUGAAAUAUCCUCAGUGGUAGAUGGAUCACGGGUUUCAGUCUCCUUGCCGCCCGAUUUACCGUCGGAGGUUUUCCUGAUUUUCCUCUCCAUGUAACUCAAAUGCGGGUUAGUUCCAUCAAAAAGUCCCCCAUGAAGGCAAAUUUUUCCCAAUACUUGUUCCAUUGUCUUCUGGAUCAGAUUCAAACUUCUAAGGCUAUGGAGUUGAACAUAAGUAGUCGUGAACCCAAAAUCAGGUCAUCUGUUCAACAACGGUUACAAAAUAAAAUAGUUUAAGUAAUUAUAAUAAUGGUUUAAAAAAAUCUUCUUUAGAUCAAGAUUUAUGCACAUAUUUUUUACUUCACUAAGUUAAGUGCUUAUAUUUCCAAUUUUGAAUUUCUCUUUUUGACUUCCAUGAUUAUGCAAGAAGCAUCAAAACUUUACCCGUAGCCUAAAAAAUGUUGCUAGUAAAAUCUCCCUUAAUUUAUUUCUCUAAUGUUGGCAGGUAUGAAAUGUGCAUGAACAGUCAGUUUAGAAUGGAAAGAUUACCUUAUUGACAUAAAAUAACAUUUCCCGCUUCCUACUUAAUUUUCGCUGUGCAGUUUUUUUUUCUUUUCAGAUUGCUUAGCAAUUCGGGUUCGCUGUAUUCACUUUGUAUGUAUGCUGUUUUUUAAAUGAAAUUUUCUUCUGAAAAUAUACAUGUUUCUACACAUUUAAAACAGUAUUUUUCUUUGUUUAAAGUAUUUUAAUUUCAUGUUCAAUUUACGUUUUCUAGUAAUUAUUGUUUGAAAUAGGCUGAAAAAUAGCUAUUUUAAUGUAAUACAAUAAUUUAUCUACCAACAUCUAUAGCUUGCUAAUUUGGCUGCCAAAUGAUUAAAUUACAAUAAAAUAACUAUUUCUGGGUCUAUUUGAUUCUUUUUUAAAAGUAUAAUUACUAGAAAAUGUAAAGCUAAUAUCAAACACUACAAUUUAGCUUUUAAAAAAAUGUGUGUCUCUUUGAAUGUUCAUGAACAAUCAGUUUAUAAAGGAGAGAUGCCUUAGCGACAUAGAAUAACAUUUCCUGUGUAAGUUUCCUAUUAAGUUUCAUUGUGCAGUUUUUUCUGAUUCCUUUGCCAUUUAUAAAAUAAAUGUGUAUCUCUUUAAAUGAGCAUGAACUGUCAUUUUAUUAUGGAAAGAUGACUUUAGCUACAUAGAAUAACAUUUCCUGUGUAAGUUUAUUAUUUAAGUUUCAUUACGUAGUUUUUUCUUAUUGCUUUGCCAUUCAUAAAAAAAAAUGUGUAUGUCUUUAAAUGUGCAUGAACAGUCAGUUUAUUAUGGAGAGAUGACCUUAGCAACAUACAAUAACAUUUCCUGUUUAAGUUUCAUUAUGCAGUUUUUUCUGAUUGCUUUGCCAUUCGAUCUUGCUGUAUUCACUCAUUAUUCACUUUGUAUGUAUGCUGGUUCUAUUUAUAAAAUCAAGUUUUCUUCUGAAAAUAUGUCAUAAAUACAUUAUGUGAAUACUUUGA